CCGGCUCGAACAAAGGACGAGAACCCAAAAGUGGCGCAAUCUCGCGGUCUCCAGUUCUGUCAACCCAAUCCUCGGCUUAGUGGUAACAACAACAAUAAUGGGUUCAAUCCGGAUGCCACUCGGCUCGCACCAAUUAAAACAAACCCAGGUUCCGCGUUAGACUGGUCAUCUAAAGCUACCAACUUCUCCUCAUCCGAUCGGAAUUGGCGGCGACGUCCCGUAUCCACAUCUGCUCAAUCACCUGUAGGAUUAUCUCCCAAUGAAGGCUCUUCUACAACUAAAUGGAAACAGUCGGGUACCACAAGUCAACCUGGUUCGGCAGACGGAGAUAAUCCGAUCUUGAGUGUAUCAAGUGGUCCAACACAACUAUUCCAAAGUCCAAAAGCACCCGAGUCUUCCGAUUUUGGUGCUCCAAGUGCUACAUCGAAGUGUGGACCUGAUCAAGAAGUUUCUCGUGAAUCCAAUAAUUUGAACCAGUUGUCAAGCGGGACAACCUCGUUACAGGACGCGGAUUCAGAUGUACAUGCACCACAGCAAACACAGUGUGAUUCAUCUUUGGACCCAUCUUUCGUUUCUCCGGCCUCCAAGAAUUUGAGUGCAAUGCAAACAAAACGGGCUGUAAGCGCCUACUAUGGUAUUCAGUCCGCAUCGCAGAAGUGCUUUGGCGGUGUAUACUUUUUCAAGGUAGUACAAACUGCUUUGGUUCUACGUCGACCGCAGAGACAUCCCAUCUAA